AUGGUAUUCCUGAUGAUAUCUCUUGAUGCCAUGGAUCCAAGUAAAGAUUACUAUAAAAUACUAGGAGUAAGUAAGAACUUUUCCGACCGAGAGCUGAAGAAAUCUUAUCGUCAAUUAGCACUUCAGUAUCAUCCUGAUAAAGCAGAGACACCAGAAGAGAAAGAGACGUCUACUGAAAAGUUUGUGGAAGUUUCGGAAGCUUAUGAUGUACUAUCAGAUUCAGUAAAACGUCAGGAAUAUGAUCAUGCACGACAAUUUGGUGGUGGAGGGAGAGAAGCAAGAGGUUUUUCAAGUGGAAAACAACGUUCCAAGGAAGAAAACAUGGCGUCAUUUACGAAAAUGUUUGAAACUGUAUUUGGUCAUGGAUUCAAUCGUGGUGGAUUUCAUACUGAUGCCAAUACUGAAGCAUUUACAAGCGGAUUUGCACAAGGAAUGGGACGAGGUGGACAUGGCAUACCGAAUGAAUUUCAAUUUGCUGGAAUGGAUGGGUUUGGCCAUACGCAACGACCACCCAAUGGACCGUAUAAAGACAUGAACAGAGCACGACGACCGACCAAAUUGUAUUGGCCAGAUUCACCCGUAAAGUCCUUGUCAAAGAAAAAGUUUCCAGGAAAAGACGCAAAUAACGAGUGGUUGAUUCAGUUUUACAAAAUCGAUGUAGUAGGUGCAGAGUUUCGUGGCAAUUAUGAAAAUAUUGCUCGUGAUUUGAAAGGAAAGGUACGUGUUGGUGCAGUCAAUUGCGAAAAGUAUCCGUCAUUUUGUCAGGAGAUUGGGAUUGAGAAGGACCCAACGUUUAUUUACAUUUGGGAAGGUCAAAUGACGAAAUAUGAAGGUGAGACAGACGAGUACCAAGUGUACAACUUUGCUAUUCAAAAGCAUCUUGAACGUCUUCAACGCUUGCGCAAUUCUGACGAGAUUGAGAAGCUGCAUGCUGGCAACGAGGUCAAGCUAUGCAACGUGGGGAAACACGCUUCGCCCAAUACCUCAUCUCUGUGCGCAGUCUUUGUCUUGUCAGGUGAAAAGAAGCAACGAGAGAAGGAAAUGAAGGUGGUAAAGGAAGUCGCAACCAAGUUUCGCCACUCAAAGGGUCUGAGCAUCGCAUAUGUUGACUGGAAGACUCAACAACGAACGGUGCAGAAGCUGAUAGAAACGGUCGCUGGUCAUACUUAUCAACAGCAGAAACCGGGAUUACUGAUCAUUCGAACGAAGCGGGGCAAGACGCGUGUUGGAAUGCACCCGUUGGAUGCCACGUUCUCUGCCGACGUUCUAUCAGCUACCAUGGAGCGUGCUGUUGGUGGCGACUUGUCGCUGGCGAAUGUUCACGGUGUCGUGCACUUUCGUUAA